GCAUAAGCAGAAAGUACUGCUUAGAGAGAUGUCAGACGAACUACACCGCGUCAAGUCGCUUCUCGACGAAAUGACGGAAACCGCGGAGCACAGGAUGGUCACCGUGUUCUGGUUGUUGCUUGACAACCCGAAAGAUAUACUAGACGUUACUCGUCUGAGGGAGGACAUGUCAGCCAGACUUCAGGCAAUUGCUAAAACGAAGAACACCACGUUCGACAAGUUUCAGGCAUGGCUGGAUAUUGAAAGGGAAAGGCGCACCGCCGUCUUGAAGCGGUUCUCCGCCCAUGUCACGAAGACAACAAACAGGGAAUUAGACGGAGGGGAUGUCAUGUGUCUUGCCAGCUGCGGAAAGUGUGUGCUCAAGGAGGGGUGGGCAUUGUACAAUUCCCAAGAUUACAACACAGGUUCGAUACCUAUGACGGCACGCAGCGUCGUUGACCUCUUAGCCUUCGCCGAGGACUGCAUUCGUCACUGUACGGAAACUGUUGACGAGUACGGUCUGAGUGAAGUGCGUGUCGGGUCUGUUAAUGACGAGCUUCCUGCAAAAAUCGCGACUCUGCUGAGCAGUUGCUCCGACGUAAUGGAUGCCCUGCAACACACUCGAGGCAGGAUGUUGGCUGGGGAACUGACAGUGACAUGUACGGAAGGAGAUGUUAUGGGAUGUGGAGAAGGUGAAACGAAGAAGGGAAGAGAGGAACCUGACAGACCAAUCGGAGUGUGUUCGGGGAAUGGGGCCACUCUUGGGAAGGAUGCGCCUGCGCCACAUGUCCUGUUUGCGUGCAGUGAUGUUGCCGCACUGAAAUCUCACCACGUGCGUCACAACUUCCCCUGCGUGCUUGCCAGCAAAGCACCUUCAGCUGUGGUUGAAAUUGGUAAGAGCGUAGCCGCGGUCUGUCACUAUGUCGAAUUGGAACAGCAGAAGAAGCUGGUGAAGGAACGGAGGAAGGCUGAGAAGAAGGCAGCGGAGGAGCGUGCAGCAACCGAGCAAGAAGAAGCUGAACAGAAAAGGAAGAAGAAGGAGCACAAAGCACGUAAGGAGGCGGAAAGGAAGGAGGAGAUACGGAAGUGCUUGGAAAUCAAAAUGGCGCUACGUGUGGGAGAACUUCGAGACGAAGUUCGUGACGAUGUGCGGCAAGAGAUUCGUGAGGCUAUUGGAGAGUUGUGCACGGUGGUGGAACGUGGCAAACAACAGGUACCUCAAAUGGAGGCCGUAGCGGAGAGCAGCGCUAAUAGCAGCGAAACUGAAGAGCUCAACCUACGUACACGGAACCCCAGCCUCGCAGAGAAGCGGAAGAGAGGGCCGGAAACGAUUUUGGAGGGUAGCCCUCCUAUGGAGCUACCUCYUAAACGUACUCCUCGGCGGACUGGGAGAUUGACGAGAGCCCGAUGCAAGACGAUGAAGACCCCCACUCCGAAGAAGACACCGCCUUCAAUUCGAAAGAAGAAGCCGGCAGACAUGGGACUUGUCGGGAGAUUGCGAUUUGAGAAGAAGGUUAUGAACGAUCUGAAAAACUUAGGCGCUUUGGUGUUGCAAAAUAUUUGCAAAGACGAAGGGAUUCCGUAUAAUGGCAAAUUCGAAUCGUUUUGCGACAUCGCGGCGCACCGUACACAGGUCGCCUAUGGGGCAGAAGAUGAUGAGGAUGAACACUCAUCUGGCGAGGAAGACAAUGAGGUAAGUGUCGAUGCCGAGGACGAAGCUACAGGCGUGUGAUGUGGCCUCAAUAUUGCUGAUUUGUGGGGUAUAGUGAACUGCCUUACUAC